CAAACUCCUAAAAUUCUACUCCAGUAAAACCUUGUCUAGGGUUUAGUGAAGCUUCUUAAAGCGGAGAAAACUUACAGUGGAAUCGAUUGUUUGAUUGAGUGAAUCAUUAGUAAAGAUGAAAAUUGCAGUAGAAGGAUGUAUGCAUGGAGAUUUAGACAAUGUCUAUGCAACUCUAUUACAUUUGGAGAAAGUUGAGAACACAAAAAUUGAUUUACUUAUCUGCUGUGGUGACUUUCAGGCUGUAAGGAAUGAGAAGGAUUUGGAGAGUUUAAACGUGAAGCCAAAAUACAGAACCAUGAAUUCAUUCUGGAAGUAUUACUCUGGUCAAGAAGUUGCUCCUUUUCCUACAAUCUUUAUUGGCGGGAAUCAUGAAGCAUCCAAUUACUUGUGGGAAUUGUACUAUGGAGGGUGGACAGCGCCUAAUAUAUAUUUCUUGGGAUUUGCUGGGGUUAUAAGGUUUGGAACUGUAAGUAUUGGUGGCCUGUCUGGAAUUUACAAUGCACGCCAUUACCACUUAGGGCAUUACGAGAGGCCUCCUUAUAAUGAGAGUGAUAUUCGAUCUAUCUAUCAUGUGCGUGAGUACUAUGUCUACAAGCUCAUGCAAGUUGAAGAACCUAUUGAUAUUUUCCUCUCACAUGAUUGGCCUGUGGGUAUCACCGACUACGGAGAUUGGAAGCAACUAGUUCGUUUCAAACCCUAUUUUGAGCAAGAGAUUCAGGAUAAAACCUUGGGAAGUAAAGCCGCUGCAGAUCUGCUGGAGAAAUUGAAGCCUCCUUACUGGUUUUCUGCUCAUCUGCAUUGCAAAUUUGCAGCAUCGGUCCAGCAUGGGGAGAGUGGUCCAGUUACAAAAUUUCUUGCACUUGAUAAGUGUCUCCCUGGUCGCAAAUUUUUGCAGAUUGUGGAUAUUCCAUCAGAGCCUGGACCAUAUGAGAUUCAGUAUGAUGAAGAAUGGCUUGAGAUUACAAGGAAGUUCAAUUCCAUCUUUCCUUUAACUAGAAAUACCACAUGGUUGGGGAGUGUACAGCUUGACAAGCAAGAUCGCGAAUGGGUUAAGAGUAAGCUGGCAACUAGAGGCCACAAGCCUUUCGAUUUUGUGCAGACUGUGCCUCCCUACAAUCCCAACCCCUCAAUGUCGAGGGCAUCCUGUUCUGGGCAAUCGAGAAACCCGCAAACAGUAUCUCUAUUGCAGCUUUUAGAACUUCCGUAUCUUCUUGAUGCUGCUGCGGAAUCAAAACAUAGUCCUAUGCCCUAUAGCUCAAAACAUAUAGAUGAAGCUGCUUCUGAUGGUGAUGACGACGAUGCUGCAACUGAUGACGUGGACGAAAUUGAACUUCCCGAAGGUACUGGUGACCCUGUAUUAGCAGUUGAGUCAUUGUACAUAUUGAAAAGGUAAUAUUCAGCAAUAGGUCUAAUAUAUAAGACCUAAUGAAGAGCAUGACACAAAUUUUUACGUGGUUGGCAUAAAGCUCACAUUCCUGGGUUAGUUUUACUGUUAUUGGUUUCAUUACGUAGUUGUUGGAACUCCAUUAAAGAGUAAUGAAGCUCAGUGUGAAAUAGAGAGUGCUUUUUUUUCUUCUUGAUUUCAGCGUCCAAGCCCAUUUUCUAAGAUAGUUACUAUUUUGUCCUUAGCUUAAUAAGUCAGCAUCUAAGGUAUUGUUGUAUUGUACAUCGUUGUAGCCUAGUAAGU